AUGUCCUUGAAGAUAUUGUCUCGAAAUUGCUAUCAAAAUAGUCUGAGUGCCGCGAAACACCAUGCAAACGAGCCCAGAGAGAUGGUUGAAAGAGAACUUAGCAGUACGACGGCUGAAUCCCCCAUCCAUGUGCAGCCAGCCAAUAAUUGUUCACACUUCAUGCAACUAGGUGCAGUACUCGAACUAUUUCAAGAGUAUCCAGGAGACAGUAUGCUACAAGAAUACCUGAGAGCUUCGCUGGCCAGCGGGUUGCUGAACAACGCCGUCUACGUGGCUACCUUACUGCAAGCUGUGAACUCCCCUGCACUGAUGAGUCCCGCCACGAUAGACAAUCUCUGUCGCAUCGCUCUCGACGUGCACUACUCCUCGGGUCAAUCGCCCAUCGGUUCUAUAGUCCCUCAGAAUGAAUCACCGAUAGUUAUCCUCUCGGUUGUGCAUGAUGCGUUGGCUUUGUUGCGCAGAACACAGUCGGCGUCGCCUUCCCACUUUCACCGCCCUGCAGUCUCUGCUUCCGAACUUGUGAUACUACUGAUUUCGUGUGUUACGGACCUGACAGAGGUGUCGACCACGCAACUCAUGAUGCACUAUUCGGAUGUCAACGACAUUCUCGCGACUAUCCAAAUGCCGGUCAACGUUCGCGGAGCCCUUGACAGCUUCGCGGUAUCUCUCAGUUUUGCGAUUGGCGAUGGCUCAAAGGUUGCUCGAGAGCAGCGGUUGAUGCAGACGAUGCAACUGGCUACUGGAAAAGGGGAUAUAUUGGGAUCCAAUUCAGAAACGGAUAUUGUAUCUUGCUCUUUGGCUCUGCAGAAUCUCAUCUCGAAUCGUGGACACCGUUUUGGUGCAGGGAACACGGCUUAUGCCGUACCGCUUCUUGUAGCCAUCUAUCGCACCACUACAUGGCCGUUAAGAGUGUUCUUGAGGCAACUCUUUCUGGCCGCAUUUGCAUGUGUCGAGCAGAGCAAGUCAGCUUCGAGAUCUGCAUCACUCUGGCGCGCGCUUGUCCUGGGCCGAUUACCGGAGCUCCUGGUCCGGUUCGGUGCGAUGGUUCGAGCUCGAGAAGGCAUAACCGAACGCGAUUGGCAUCAAUCCAUGCAAUAUGCAGUAUUAGCCGCAUACGAAGCGUCUGGACCAAUAGAUCCCGGGUCGGAAAUUUCACAAGAUAUUGCAACCAGUUCCAUAUCAUUCCUGCGAUUGUUUCUCGCGCAACUGUUAACGACAAAGCUCAUCGAACAAAGCGUCGCGUUAAACAUGAAUACCUUCGCUUCGCAUGCUCCAUCUUCGCUCGACUCAGAAGCCCAAGCGUCUUACCUCGAGGGAAAAAUCGGGACGGAUGUGAGUCCCGAAGAAGUCUUGAGGACGGUAGAUCGUAUGUGUACAGAGCAUUCAAGUCAAGCUGCUUUCUCGUCCGUUGUGGCGAAGCGGUUCGCUUCGCUAGCUACCGCCUUCGACGUCGAGUCCCUGGGUCAUCUCUCGAGAGUGCUGUGUUCACGAUCUCACGCAUUGGACAUCCUAUCCUUACAUAUGAACGUCACGGAUCUCAUUGCACACGGAAUUUUCGUGCUUGAAAAAUUCGAUUUCGCAACAGUUGGUGAUCCUCAGACUGCGGUUGGUCAACUAGGCGAAGUUGUACUACUACUGCAGAGCAUGCUGGUGCAGUUCAAGAUUUCUUCGCCUGCAAUCUCACUAGGUGACACGAUCAUCCCUGUCAGAAUGCUACGAACUACGUCCGCGGUAUUGCUGGUGCAGGAAGAUACAAGAGCUCUCGAUGCCUGGUUUCAAGCGCUAUUUGAUAAGAACAGUGACGGCAUAGAGGACACUAUAUUCGGGUCCACGCGGCCUCUCAGCCUCCUCCGAUUCUGCAGCGCGCUGUUCGAGCGUGCGUUGACAGCGUUCCUCGAGAAACGCAUGGAUAAGGACACUUUGAAAAAUGGCCUGAACUAUUUCCACACGCCUUUGCUGAGCUGGACGCUAGUUGGCCCGAUAAAGACGCUCAUAGCUGAGGUGGUGCGCAAAGGAUUCUAUGCACAGAGCCAUCUAGAGAUCAUACAGGAUCUCCUGCUUUCCCCAACGUGUCCCCCCGCGGUGCUGAGAUUGUGUGCAGGGCCUCUCCUCAGGCUGCUUGCAAUACCCCGAGCUCAGGCCCUCGCUAAGCGAGGUGCAUUCAAUGCCGCUGCAUUGAAAGAUGCGGCAUUCAAGGCUCUGACUGACUCGGAUAUACCACAACAGCGAGCAUCUGCGGCAGGCGGUCUGGUAUGGAUGGACCACCCCCGGCGCAUGACCACCAGCGCGCUGGCCCUAGCCCGCUCUGGGAAGAUCCCAUGGCUCGAUUUUAGACGACAGCUUGAGGAUACCCCCUCACGAUACCUCCGAUGGCUAUGGUCGGAAGCCUGCACUGCGACAGCAGUCGGAGGUAUGGAACCCAGCAGACGCUUGCUGGCGUUCACGCUAGCAAGCCCACG